CUGUGAUUCCGACGGAACAGUUCCGCCGCAACUGCUUUCUAGAUUUUCCUGUGGCCAUCAUCCCGGAAACCGAAUCCUCCAAUGGCCAGCGGUGACGGACAACGAGAGGAGAAGGGCGGAACCACCGAUCCGGCCCACCGGUGGUCCAAGUACGUCACGGAUGUGUACGAUCCGAUACGCGUCGGUUCAAUCGACGGGACGGAUGAGAUCGCACACGAUCGAGCCCUUCUACGGGCUCUCAAUUCACGCUACAAACCGAAUCGCAAGGUACAGGGCAAUCCACUGCACACGGUCUUCGUCGGUCGGUUAGCACACUCCGUAACGGAGGAAAAACUCAUAAGCAGCUUCUCACCCUUCGGUACGAUCGUUCGAUCACGGCUUGUCACCGACAUCGUCACGGGAAUGCCCCGUGGAUACGCAUUCGUCGAGUACGCGUCCCGAGACGAGGCACUCCGGGCAAUCGAUCGGAUGCACGGUUGUAGCAUCGAAGGGAAGGAGAUACUGGUUGAUGAAGAGUGGGAACGACGGCUGGAGGGUUGGAAACCGCGCCGGUUAGGUGGUGGCUUCGGUGGAAGGAAAAAAUCUCAGCAGCUACGAUUCGGCUGUAAGAUCCAACCGUUCCGGAGGCCACUCGCUGUUGAAACCGGAGUAAGCGCUACGGGAGUAUCGAGUGUGAGCGAGUGGAAUCGCCGAGUUCGGCAGCGAAAAGAGAUCAUCGAUCAAAGCAACCAUCGACACAAUCCUGAUUAGCAACGGCUCUAGGCAGCGGAGCUGAGCACAAACGAAGACCGUCAUCGGAA